AUGUCGACCGAAACUGCUGCCACAAGCGUGCCCAAAGCUGCUGCUGCUCCCGCGGGGCAACAAGGUAAGGGCAAGAAGGACAAGAACGCCCAGUUCCACCUCAAAACCCCGAAGGGGACCAAGGACUGGCUGGGGUCCGACAUGGUGUUGCGGGAAGCGAUCUUCGCCCACCUCAUCCUGACGUUCAAGCGCCAUGGUGGGGUCACCAUCGAUACCCCCGUGUUCGAAUUGAGAGAGAUCUUGACCGGCAAGUACGGUGAAGACUCUAAGCUCAUCUACAACUUGGAAGACCAAGGGGGUGAGUUGACCUCGUUGAGAUACGACUUGACCGUCCCCUUUGCCAGAUUUGUUGCUUGCAACAAUAUCCAGGCGAUCAAGCGUUACCACAUCGCCAAGGUGUACCGUCGUGACCAGCCGGCGAUGACUAAGGGGCGGAUGAGAGAGUUCUACCAGUGCGACUUCGACAUCGCCGGCCAGUACGACGCCAUGGUGCCUGACGCCGAAGUGUUGUCGCUUUUGGUCGAAGGGAUGUCGGGGCUUGGCAUCAACGACUUCACCAUCAAGUUGAACCACCGGAAGAUCUUGGACGGGAUCUUCCAGGCCUGUGGUGUUAAGGAAGAAGACGUGCGCAAGGUGUCGUCAGCGGUCGACAAGCUCGACAAGCUGCCGUGGGAAGCGGUGAAGAAGGAGAUGGUGGUGGAAAAGAACCAGCCCGAGGAAGUCGCCGACAAGAUCGGUGAAUUGGUGAUGAACAAGGGUACUAUUCGUGACAUCUGCACUUUCCUCGAAUCGUCGCCGGUGAAGGACAACGAGCUGAUCCAACAAGGUGUUGCCGACAUGAAGAUUCUUGCUGACUACAUCGAAGCCUUCGGCAUUGAAGCCUACCUCUCGUUUGACCUCUCGCUUGCCCGUGGGUUGGACUACUACACUGGUUUGAUCUACGAAGUGGUGACCAAGGACUCCGCUGCUCCCGAAAACGCCGCCGAACUCAAGGAAAAGGCGCAAAAGGACAAGAAAAAGAAGAAGAAGGACGACGACGACGCCUCGGAAUAUGUCGGGGUCGGUUCCAUCGCCGCCGGUGGUAGAUACGACGGGCUUGUGGGUAUGUUCUCCAACGGCAAGUCGAUCCCCUGUGUGGGGAUUUCCUUCGGUAUUGAGAGAAUCUUUUCCAUCAUCAAGGCUCGUGCCGGUAAGGAAAUCGAGAAGGUGGCUCCCUCCAACACUCAAGUGUUCGUCAUGGCUCUCGGUGGCGGUGACGGCUGGACCGGGUUCUUGAAGGAAAGAAUGGCGGUGGCCCACCAAUUGCGCCAGGCCGGCCUCGAAGUCGAGUACAUGUUUAAGAACAAGGCCAACGCCCCGAAGCAAUUUACUGCUGCCGACAAGCUGGGGGCUCUGAUUGCCGUCAUUCUCGGUAAGGAAGAAUACCCUGAAGGUAAGGUGCGGGUGAAGGUGCUUAACCAAGGGGAACUGUCGGAAGGUGAUGAAGUGGCCGUCGACAACCUUGUCGACUACGUCAAGGGCAAGUUGGGCGAGCUCAACCAGGACGGGUUGAACGACGUCACCCGCUUGAUCAAGGGGUUGUAA